AUGUCACCAUUGAGUACUUGCUUAAAUACCGAAAAGCCAUUUGUUUAUGACUUUACAAGCGAUACAGCCACCAUUCCAACAGAUGAGAUGUUUGAUAUCAUGAAGGCUGCUUCCCGCGGUGAUGAUGUGUAUCAAACAGACGAAGAUUGUAAAGCAUUAGAGGACUAUGUAGCUGAAUUAAUGGGACAUGAAGCAGCCUUGUUCUGUGUCAGUGGUACACUCUCAAAUCAACUCGGUCUUCGUUGUCUCUUGUUCCAACCUCCUCAUUCUGUCCUCUGUGAUUCUCGUUCUCAUGUAUUUAAUUAUGAAUGCGGUGGUAUUUCAUACCAUUCUCAAGCCAAUGUAGUCCCUGUUGUUGCUAGAGGAACUUAUAUGACGGCUCAGGAAGUUGAAAGCCGUAUCAACAAGGAUUAUCUCUGCGGUGCACCUACCAAAGUGAUCUCUUUGGAAAACACAUUAAGUGGUACCAUCAUGCCAAUUGAAGAAAUCCGUAAAAUUCAUGAUGUUGCCCGCGCAAAUAAUGUUUUUAUGCAUAUGGAUGGUGCUCGUCUCUGGAAUGCUUCUCAAGAAACUAAAACUCCUUUAAUUGAAUACGGAAAAUACUUUGAUACUAUCUCCAUCUGCUUAUCCAAGGGUGCUGGUGCACCUAUUGGUUCUAUCUUGACUGGUACAAAAGAACUCAUUACUCGUGCUCGUCACAUUCGUAAAAUGAUGGGUGCAGGAUGGAGGCAACGCUAUAGAUAA